AUGAAUCAGGCUGCGCUUGAGAAGAUUACCUUCAUUCCAAAGUCUUCUAAGAUCAUCACCUUCCUUCUCAUUACUUGCUCAUGCAUCACUUCUACGACAUUCGGAUACGAUGCCUCAAUGAUCAAUGGGCUCAAUAUCUUGCCCUCGUACACGGACUAUUUUCACCUUAACACUGCCACCCUUGCACUAAACACAGCGUCAAUAUGGAUAGGCGGGUGCUUAGUUGCCUUUUGUUAUGGACAGUUCACAGAUUGGGUGGGAAGACGUCCUGCCCUGUUAUGGGCAGCUCUUAUCACUGUUUUCGCAGUGAUACUUCAGACGGCCGCACAGAACGUUGCAAUGUUCGUAAUCGCUCGUAUUCUCAUUGGGUUUGGCACCUCUGCAUCUGGCCUCUGCGGCCCUGUUUACCUUGCCGAAACCUUGCCAUUUCAGAGGCGAGCUUGGGGAUUAGGUGUUUUCAACGACUUUUACUACGUUGGAGGCCUCAUUGCCGCUGGAAUUACAUUCGGUACAUCGACAAUGAAUUCGACUUGGGCCUGGAGGAUCCCAUCCGCGAUCCAGGGUGUCUUCUCCAUUAUUUGCAUUAUCAUCAUCCACUUUAUCCCCGAAUCACCAAGGUGGCUUAUAUAUCAAAAUCAGCAUGAAGAAGCCCUGAAAGUAAUAGCCUACAUGUACGCUGACGGAGAUCGAGAGAAUCCAUUGGUCGUGGCCCAGUUCAAGGAGAUCACAGACACCAUCGAUUACGAGAAAACCUCUGGCGAAACAUUGUCCAUGAUGCAACUCGUAAAAACCCCUUCGGCGAGAAAGAGGGUUACUUUGGCUAUAUCUGCUGCCGUGUUCAGCACUAUAGCAGGAAUAUAUGCCACCGUGGCGAUGCUCUUCCUUUUCCAGGGCUCUUACAGCAUUGGGUGGACACCGCUGCUGUAUCUAUACCCCCCUGAGGUUAUGAAUUACAGUAUACGCGCAAACGGCAUGGCCAUCUUCCAAUUUGCUUUGAAUGGCACCGCUCUCUGGUGUGUCUUCGCGUUUCCCUUUGCACUUGUUGCUAUAGGUUGGAAAACCUACAUGAUCAAUGGAGCCUAUGAUGUCCUGAUCAUUGGACUUAUGGCCUGGUACUGGGUGGAGACGAAAGGAACUUCGCUGGAGGAAGUCGAUAGAGUUAUCGAUGGUGAAAAGCAUAGCAAUGUCCCAGACUUGAAGAGCGUGUUGAAGGGUGAAGGGAAGUUGUUCUAG